CUGGAAUAUCGAUCGUCGACGUCGUCGGAGCAUGCACUGGCAUGUGUGUGAUUGUGUAGACUGGAGGUGGAAUUCAUUGGGUUCUUGUUUGGCUGUUCAUCCUCUUGCCUUGAAACUGCAACAGGAAAUAAGGAAGAGUUCCUCUUUCCUUUGAGACUGAAAGUGAAAUCAUGGCCCAACAAGGUUAUCCACCUCCUGGUGCCCCACCUCCACAGGGGUAUGGUGCACCUCCACCACAGCAAGGCUAUGGGGCACCUCCUCCACAGCAAGGCUAUGGGGCACCUCCACCACAGCAAGGCUAUGGGGCACCUCCUCCACAGCAAGGCUAUGGGGCACCUCCACCACAGCAAGGCUAUGGGGCACCUCCACCACAGCAAGGUUAUGGGGCACCCCCGCCACAGCAAGGUUAUGGGGCACCCCCGCCACAGCAAGGUUAUGGGGCACCCCCGCCACAGCAAGGCUAUGGUGCCUCUCCACCACAGCCUCCUCAACCCCCAGGAGCCGUUCAACAGGGAUCUCAGCAGCAAGCCUGGACUCCAAACGCUGUCCCCGAAGGUGCCGCCCCUUACAAAUUUGACAAUGCAGCGGAGUCUGACCCCGAGGAUGAUGAGAAUGCCACCGAGGGAGAUGAAAAGAACCCAGAUGUGACUUCAUUAGAGCCUGUGCCUGGGUACGAGACAGUGGCAUUCUUUGACGGACCUCCUGUGCCUCCCCCUGCGUAUGAACCCCCUUCAGAAGAAAAUCGUCCCCAAGAAGUCUUUGAUUCAAAGGAAGGUAUCGGGGAAGAGGCCGUUAGGGCAGCCAUUUUGGCCUUUGUUGACAAGCACUGCUGCUACGGCUCCAGACCUGCCAAGAACAUGACCAUCUCUAAGAUCAUACCAACCCACGCGCUCCACUACCAGCUGGAAACCUUCAAUGAAGCGAGAUCCACCAGUCGUAAGUUCAAACCUUACUCUGGUGGUUUUGUGGACGGCCCCGAGAACGGUCCAGCACCACCCCCCUGGUCCAUAGCCUGCAAACCGGACCAGCUGUUCUUCACGCACAAGAAGAAUCUAGAGGUGCCACACACUUCAAUUAUCAAGAUUUGCCACCGCUGCUGUGGAUGUGGCUUUGUGAUGUGUGGACGAUGCCGUGGACGGGGACGGGUUCGUUGUAGCUCUUGUCAUGGAAGUGGCCGUCGGACUGUUCACCGCGACGGUAAAUCCCAACGUGUCAGCUGCACUUGGUGCCAUGGAUCAGGACGGCGUAGGUGCACCCGUUGUGGGGGUGAUGGUAGGGUCACGUGCCCCACCUGCACAGGCUACCGGCAGCUUCGUCACUUCAUCCUUCUGACUGUCUCUUACGUCAACAAUUUAGAGGACUAUAUCUUGGAGCGCUCAGACAUGCCCGAUGAGUUGAUAAGGAAUGUCAGUGGACAGACAGUGUUCCAGCAGACGUUGCCUUUUGUGUGGCCUAUAUCCCAGUAUCCUGUUCAAGAGGUUAACCAGAACUCGAUUCGUCUCGUCGAUAAACACCGCUCUGCCUGGCCAAAUGCUCUGACCCUACAACAGCGUCAGACCCUUCGCUCUGUACCCGUGACUGAGGCCCACUAUGACUGGAAAGACAUCAGUACUCGCUUCUGGGUCUACGGCUUUGAGCACGAGGUCCACGCCCCGGACUACCCCCACCAGUGCUGCUGGGGGUGCAGCAUCCUGUAAAGACAAAAGGUCAACCAAAAGGGUCAUCUGGGGUCAAACACAGAGUUCUUCACAAGUCUAUGAUUUGCUUCAGAGAUAAUCCCAUAUCUUCAUGAGAAGUGAAAAACGGCCAAGUCUGAACGUGAACUGGAAGCUGUUCAGUCGUGCACUGUAACAAAAGCAUUUCUUGCUGUUCGCCUGCUGUUAGAAGGGAACCGUCUUUUGAGACUCUCUGUGAUGACUUUUGAAAUAUUCUUGUGAAGUCUUUUUGGAGGAGUCAAAUUUAUUAUUACUUUCUUGGUUUUCAUGUGCCAGGUUCACAAAGGAUAACCCUGGACAAAUAACGUAAGUCAUUAACCUUGUCGUUAAACCUGGUUUAGUUGUCGGUAUAGCCUUGGAGCCAAAAAGCCCUAAAGUCACCCAGUGAUGGGUGUCCACUCUCUAAAAGCAACCCAAGUUGUAUUUCAGGUGUGAUCUUUUACAGUGUUAGUAAUCAGUAUAACAGUCCUAGUAUAUUGUCAGUACAAAUGUAUAUGUUGUUUUUCCAUUCUUUCUUGUUGCCAAAGACUUACUAUUGUCAUGCAUUUCAGAUACCUAUUUUAAUUAUUAAUUUGAAGACAAGUGUAAAUAUUUGUUAACCUUGUACAUUGCUGAACAGUGCCUUUUUAAUUUGCUAAAAUCCAUUGAGUUGUAGCAUUAGUGGGUGCUAUUGAGUACUUCUGCGCAACUGUAGAUUUAAAAUAUCUCUAAUUGUUUUUAAGUGAUGCUGUGAUGUUUAGACUUGUAAAAUUAAUGUCAAGAUGCUCCAAGUCUUCAGUGUAAAAUAUUGAAUGCCUCAAGAGUAGCUAAGCUAAUUUUGUGACAGGUAUAGGACGGUGCUCCACUGCCUACACUACUACCUCCACUACUAUCUCUUUCCUGUUUUACAAGCACUGAUUAACAGUGAUCGAUCCAUGUUUCCUCACCAGAUUUGUGCCAAAAAAAAAAAAUCAAAAUCCAUCCACCUCCGACAGGCUGUAAUAGCAUUGAGAUCGAGGACAGAACCCCUAGUCGUGGUCCUGUAUAUCUUUUACUGCAAGAUCCAACAGACUUUUGACUUACAAAACUAGUCAAAGUAAGCUUGUUCCAAGGCCGGCUGAUUUUACAUCAGCCAGUUGAUUGGUCAACCCUCACUGACGAGACCAUUUAAAUUGUCGCUGUACAUCUUCAGCUCUCUUAAUCAUGGUAGUACUUGUGCAGUGGAAAAAAAAAAGUAUGUAACCGAGUGCAGUGUAAAAAUACAACCUGGAUUAUUGUCCUUAAUUAGUAGCCUUAUCUAUGGUGGUCGAUCUCGGUUUGGUUUGUCUUAGGGAAAGAGAACCACAGGUGCAGAUGUCUGUAGCAAACGAAUCACUUUACCUUCCAUGCAUACACAAACCAGUUGUACGUCUUUGUAAAAAAUACCUAUUCCAAAGUCGUUUGGGGGGCAGUUACUCAUCUCCACUGCUCGCUCCCAAAGAAAUUGUCCUCUCGGUGUGGGGCUGACAGAGCACCCUGUCAUUGGAACAGUUUUGCAGUGCUGUGUUGGGACUGUUCUUAGUGUGAAUGCAAGUCACUGUUGGAACAUACCAGAGGCUCACCAAUCCUGUUUAAAUAUUCCUAUCAAUGAAAUUUGUCUUUUCAAGUUUUGAGACUGUGCCAUUGUACCCAGACACUCAACAACUGUAUACACAUUCUACAUAUAUCAGGAUCCAUUAUUGUUCCUGUUAUUUUUUCCCCCAAUUAUCUGGCCUUAAGCUUUCUUCCGAGCAUACCCCGGAGGACUCGACUCAAGUGUCUGAGUUCUUCAAUAUCACAAUACCACUUGUUUGUGCCAAGUCCUCGGUCAUAAGGAAAAAGUCAAAUGCAGCUUUACAUGGCCUUGAGUUUAUGAUCCCCACACAAGCCAUUAAAUCUGAGGUUAAAGCUCUUACUGUUGGUGCCUGUUCAAAUCAAUAAUGAUAACAUUCCAAAUAUGUUGGUCAAGGCUACUUUACUGUUUUGGUUCUUUGUUUUCGCAGUACUAAUAUCGUGGGUAGUUUCAAUGUGCAUUUGCCAAAACAAAUACGUUUAAAAGUAAAUGUAAUAUAUCUUUCAAGUGUGCUGUAUCUUUCAAAUAAGUAUGUAAUAGUACUGCAUAUGUCCAGCAUUUGUAGGGCAUACCAAUUUGUAAAAGGUUUACGCAUGUGGUGUUGUGCACCAGUGUGGCUGGGUCCUUGUGGUCUGUUUUAGUAAAAUGUGAUGUUGCAUAGCAUGCAUUUAUAUUGGUCAUUGGCAUUCAUAGUAAACAAGGCGUCUGCCUAAUCCUGAAAGAUGCCAUUUGGGGUUACAUGUAUAUUGACAGCUUUUCGGCAAUUGCUGUGUGUUCUUGGUGUGUACGUCAGACUCAAUAGCCGUUCAUUACCAAAAUUAUUGGCAGGCACAGGAGGUUGUUGUUGAGUAUUAAACGUAAGACUGCAUCUGAAAGAAUUUGCUAAGGUUAGCAAUAACAUGUACAUGUACACCUAGAGUGGAAGCCAUGUCUCCAUGUUUUCAAGCGCAUCGAUUAAGCUUUAGCCACUAGCACGCCACUGCUCAUAGCCAUUUAGAAAAUCUCAAAUCUCUGAACAUUGAAUGCCCACUUUGAAAGCAGCUUGAGUUGUAUUUGAACCAUAUCUGUAUUAUCUUCGUUCAUUGUACAUUGUGUGAUGACCUUUAUUAAAGAAGUUUCAUUUCUAUAAAGAUCAUUUUCAAGUAUUUUAAGAUUAAUUAAUUUUUGUGCUAUACUCUCUUCGAAAUAUAAUUUUUAGCAAAGGUACUCCUUUAGAAAAUGGCGGUUGUUGAUACUUUCCAACUUUAAAUUAUUAUGUUUUUACAUUUUAAUUUGAAUCAUUUUAGAGUGGAGCAAUUUUGUGCACUUGUGACUAUUGACUUUAAGACACUCCAGACUUCCAGACGUUACUUUCUAACACAUUCUUGGCCUCUGGAAAUCUGCCCCACCAUAUAAGGAUGUCAUUUGAAAUAAUAAAUGGGUUGGACGUAUGUACAUUUUC